CCAUUUGAUACAAUGCCAUAGGGUGUUCUAAGGAGCAUAAUUAGUUUGCUAUUAAAUAGGCAAAUGUAUAAUUCUUUUAUACAUCUAUGGAUAGACAGAUAGAUGGCAAGACUAGAAAGACAGCUGCCUUUUGCAAAACGUAGCACAGAUAAUUUCAUUAAAUAAUUUCAUAAUCUACUCAAAACCUCAGGAGGCUUGGGGGUUGCUCCCAACCCAUCAGCCCAGCCUCUGGAAAAACUCUUUCUCUAGACUAGUUUUUGUCAGAAAGAUUGUAUGUAAAUUAUAUAUUUAACAAUAUUUGACACAGUUCUUUAUUUUUAAGGGUGUUGGAUCCAUCCUGGAUUAGGUGAGAUAUUUUUCCUAAUUACAUUAAUAUUUAGAAGCUGACUGUUACCUAUAUAAUUUAAAUAAAACCUAGUAGGGAUGUGGAACAAUGGAAAGGCUUUAGGACUUUCUGUCAUUGGUUCUUGCUCAGCUCUGUUCUGAAUCAGCUUAUCUUUAAAAUAAUUAUCUCUAAAUUAGCCACUCAAGAAAGAUGUCCAGAAAGAUGACUGUGGCACAUUUUACAAAGUUUUGGAAAUUGAAAUUAAACUGUGACUCACAGAAACAAUUGUUGUCUGAUGGUUUGGGUGUUUUUUUGCAAAGUUGAGUGUAUUUACAAAGAGGAAAUCUGGAGAAGAAUAUCCAUUACUAAAUGCAAUUAAAGGGGAGAAAAAAACAACAGCAACUCACUGCAAUUCUUGUAAAGAGCUCUGCUAAACCUCUGGGAAUCGAAGCCACUGAUGCUUCUGGUUCCAGAAUUGUUCUUAAUUAUCUUAUUGCUCUAUUCUCUGUUCUUCUAGUGAACUUCCCUUGAUUCUAAAAAUCAGCACAUACCACACUUUUGCAGACAAAUGAAGUGGAGAAGCAAACUCUGAGGGCUUUUCAAUCCAGGCACCCUGGAGGAGGAAUAUCUGGCACCAAAUUCCUGUAGAUCAGUGGGUGCUUACUGAGACUGGACUAUUUUUUGGAAGACGGGAUUUUUGUCAGUAUUUACUGCCUGCUCAUCAUGUCUUCAAUUCUUGGGAAGAUGAAGAAAUUUGGCAGUUUUGACAUGGAGGAAUCUGAAGUGGCAGAUGAACACACAGAAGGGGAGGACUCUGUCCUGGAAACAUCUGAGAACUCCCAGGGCCCACCCAGCACCAGGGCACAGCCACCCAAAAGCAACAUCUUUGCAAGGCGUGGGCGGUUUGUGAUGGGGGACAGUGACAAGGACAUGGCUCCCAUGGACUCCUUUUACCAGAUGGAUCACCUGGUGGCACCUUCUGUCAUCAAAUUUAAUGUCAAUUUGGAGAGGGGGAAACUUCACAAGCUCCUGUCUGCAGAUUCCAUCACAGGCUGCUCAGAAAAAGCUUUCAAGUUUUACGAUCGCAGAAGGAUCUUUGAUGCUGUAGCCCGAGGCAACACAAAGGACCUGAGUGACCUGCUACUCUACCUUAAUAGAACCUUCAAGCACCUCACAGAUGAGGAGUUCAAAGAGCCUGAAACUGGGAAAACCUGUUUACUGAAAGCCAUGCUGAACCUGCAUGAUGGGAAAAAUGAUACCAUCCCCUUGCUGCUGGAUAUUGCAAGAAAAACUGGAACUCUGAAAGAGUUUGUUAAUGCAGAAUAUACUGACAACUACUACAAGGGCCAGACUGCUCUUCACAUCGCCAUCGAGAGAAGGAACAUGUACCUGGUGAAGCUCUUGGUCCAGAAUGGAGCAGAUGUUCAUGCACGAGCCUGUGGGGAGUUCUUCAGGAAAAUCAAAGGGAAAUCUGGCUUUUAUUUUGGGGAGCUGCCCUUGUCCCUGGCUGCCUGCACCAACCAGCUCUGCAUUGUGAAAUUCCUGCUGGAGAAUCCCUACCAGGCAGCUGACAUUGCUGCUGAGGACUCCAUGGGCAACAUGGUCCUGCACACCCUGGUGGAGAUUGCAGAUAACACUAAGGAUAACACCAAGUUUGUAACCAAGAUGUACAAUAACAUAUUGAUCCUUGGUGCCAAAAUUAAUCCAAUCCUGAAGCUGGAAGAGCUCACCAACAAGAAAGGGCUGACUCCAUUAACCCUGGCAGCCAAAACAGGGAAGAUAGGGAUUUUCGCUUACAUCCUCAGACGAGAGAUCAAAGAUCCCGAGUGCAGACACCUGUCCAGGAAGUUCACUGAAUGGGCAUAUGGACCUGUCCACUCCUCUCUUUAUGACCUGUCCUGUAUAGACACAUGUGAGAAAAAUUCAGUGCUGGAGAUUCUUGCCUACAGCAGUGAGACACCAUCUGAUACAUGCUGGUCCCAGCAAGACUCUCCUCUUUCUCCUUCUGCUCAGAACCGGCACGAGAUGCUGCUGGUGGAGCCCCUUAACAGGCUCCUGCAAGACAAGUGGGACCGGUUUGUCAAACACUUGUUUUACUUCAACUUCUUUGUCUAUACCUUGCACAUCAGCAUCCUCACUGCAGCUGCUUACUACAGACCUGUACAGAAGGACCAAAAGCCUCCCUUCACCUUUGGUUACACCACUGGGGAGUAUUUUCGAGUGACUGGAGAGAUCCUGAGCGUUCUGGGAGGCCUCUAUUUUUUUUUCAGAGGGAUACAAUAUUUCGUGCAGAGGCGCCCGUCACUCAAGACGCUGAUCAUUGAUGGCUACAGUGAGGUUCUUUUCUUUGUUCACUCCUUGCUCCUCCUGAGCUCCGUGGUGCUGUACUUCUGUGGCCAGGAACUCUACGUGGCUUCCAUGGUGUUCUCCUUGGCACUGGGCUGGGCCAACAUGCUCUACUACACCCGGGGCUUCCAGCAGAUGGGCAUUUACUCUGUCAUGAUUGCCAAGAUGAUCCUUAGAGAUCUGUGUCGCUUCAUGUUUGUCUAUCUAGUGUUCCUCUUGGGAUUUUCUACAGCUGUGGUGACUUUAAUUGAGGAUGACAAUGAGGGGCAAGAGACAAAUACCUCUGACUAUUCCCGCUGCUGCCACGUGAGACGAGGCCGCACGUCCUACAACAGCCUGUAUUACACCUGCCUGGAGCUUUUCAAGUUCACUAUUGGGAUGGGGGACCUGGAGUUCACAGAGAACUACAGGUUCAAGUCUGUGUUUGUCAUCCUCUUGGUUCUCUAUGUCAUCCUCACGUACAUCCUCCUGCUCAACAUGCUCAUUGCGCUGAUGGGGGAAACCGUGAACAAAAUUGCCCAGGAGAGCAAGAGCAUCUGGAAACUCCAGAGAGCCAUCACAAUCUUGGAUAUCGAAAACAGCUACUUGAACUGUUUGAAGAGCUCAUUCCGGUCCGGGAAGCAAGUCUUGGUGGGGAUCACACCUGAUGGCCAAGAUGAUUACAGAUGGUGCUUUAGGGUUGAUGAAGUGAACUGGUCCACAUGGAAUACGAAUCUGGGCAUAAUUAACGAAGACCCCGGGUACUCUGGGGACCUCAGACGGAAUCUGAGUUUCUCUAUUAAACCUGGCAGAGCACAAAAUGUGAAGGAUGAAGUGGGCUCAUCACUCACAGCAGUUUGACUCUUGGGAAUAAAACCCCCAUAGAUCUGUCAUUCUGAAUGAAGAUUUUACAAGAAGAUAACAUGUAAAUCCUGAGGAGAUGGAGCAGUGUAUGAUGGCAACCAGAUAGCCAGGAGGAGCCUUUUGGAGGCCCCAAGCCCUACAGUUUGGGAGCUGAGCCCCCAGCACAGAAAUAUUUAACUGUGCAAUCAGUCUCUGCUGUACUUGCCAGCUGAAAUAUGGAAAACUCAUGCAACAGUAUGGGCAAGAAAACCACAAAGCUCUUUCUUCCUGCUUCUUUCUUCUUCUUUCAUCAGCUUCCUUUUUAAACCACUUGGAUAUUUUCUGAUUCUGUGGAGGGGGGAAAAUUAACCAUUCCUUUCCUUUGUAGUUUCAGGGAAACACUGGAAAACAUUGGUUCCGCUUUUAAGAGAUGGAAGCAGGAGAGAAGAUACUCACAAGCUACCAGAGGAAGUCAAAUUAAAACCUGUUUUGGAACCUUAUUA